AUGGACCCAGCAGCUCAGAUGGUGUGUGUGCGGAUGGCUUCUGGUGAGGACUUGGCGGUCAUACCUUGCAAGGAGUUGAGCACGGUGCGGGCCCUUAAAGAGAAGCUGCAGGCCUUGUGUGGAGUACCCCGCUUCCGCCAGAGGCUGCUACUGGAUGGCAGGAGCCUGGGCGACGAAGUGAAGCUACAGGAACCUGCAGACCUACAGCUCGUACUGGUAAGCUUCUUUGAAGCUUCGGAUGCUCAACAGCAAGACUUCGCAACUGCGAUUGCCAAUGGCUUCCAGCGGCAGGUCGAGGAGGCGCUCUGCUUACCCCAAGAUCCGAAUUGCACGUUUGAGCAGAUAAAGUCCUUUCCUGCAACUCCCCUGAACAUUGCCGCUGCCUAUGGCCACGUGGGGGUCAUGCGCUUGCUCCUGGAAGCCCGGGCCAUUGUGAACAACCUCCCCAACAGCAGCGCCUCACCUCUCUUACUUGCGGCUCGUGUUGGUCAGCAAAAGGCCAUUCGAUUGCUACUGAACGCCGGCGCCCGCGCGGAUACGACGGACAGCGACCAGCGCACGGCCCUCUGGUACGCGAGCCGGCUCGGUGACCCCAGGAACGUGCGCCUGCUUCUGGAGGCGAAGGCCAAUCCAAGCACCCGCGACAGGGAAGGGAAGACGCCUCUUCACAUGGCAAACGGCAACCUGGCCAUCGCCCGCCGGCUGUCCUACCACAAAUGGUCUCGGCAUCGCGCGCAGCCGCAGGUCGCGCGGGCCGUGGGCGGCGAGGUGUACGAGUUCGAGGGAGGCCACGAGGUGCCGCUGGACGAGGCUGCGGAUCAGCACACAGCCAUGGUUGCACAUGGUGGCUAUGCCCGCUCUGUGACAAGAAGAAAGAGAAACAAAAAGGUUCACGAGCUGCACAACGCUGAUCUGCGAGAUGCGGCGUUGGCGCCCUUUGCAGAGCGCAAGAAAAGCUGA